CCUCAUCUGCUCUUCCCUACUUCUCUUAUAUAUCUACAUUAUACCACUACUCUUUCUUCUUCUUCUUCUACUGAAAGAAUCAUGGCGGAUCUCCGCGAAGACCUCCUCGACCAGGCUGUCCGCUUCCUCGCAGACCCAAAAGCAGCCGAAUCACCCCUCGCCCAACGUCUCCAAUUCCUCGAAUCCAAGGGCCUCACCGAGCUCGAGAUUGCCGAGGCCCUUAAACGUGCCUCCAAGCCGUCUUCUUCCUCUUCUUCUUCACCUUCUCAGAGUAGUCAGGCUACAGCCUAUGCGCCUCCGAGGCCUGCUUAUUUGCCUGGCCAAGCAUAUCAACCCGCCCCGCCCCCGCUACCCCAGCGCGACUGGAAAGAUAUCUUCGUCAUGGCCACCGCCUCCGUCGGCGUCUCUUACGGCCUAUACGUUCUUGCAAAGCGCUACGUCCUCCCUCUCAUUACCCCGCCAACCCCCGCCGCCCUUGAAGCCGACAAAGAAGCCAUUACCGCCGAAUUCGACCGCACCGACAAACUGAUCCAGCAGAUCCAAGCCGACACCGAAGCCCUGAAAGAAGCCGAGCAGAAACGGCUUGACGCGCUCGACGCCGCCGUCGAGGAACUCCACAAAGUCAUGGACGAAGCCAAGAGCCAGCUUUCGGCACGCGAGACCGAGAUGCGUCAGCUUCAGACUGAUAUCGAGACCGUCAAGACCGAUCUACCAAAGUACCUCGAGCGCGUCAAUGAUUCUCAGCGCCGCGAUCUGCUCGAGAUCCAGACUGAGCUCAAGUCGUUGAAACAAAUCGUGUCAAACAGAGUUAAGAGCUCAGUCAGCAGUCCGCAGCCUCCACCGCCGACUUCUACAUACUCUUCCGGCACCAGCACGCCUGUCGAACCUACCGCCAAUGGAUCUACAUCUUCAUUGUCGUCGCCACAUAUCCCGCCGUCGUCGCUCAAACCACCUUCGCGAUCAGGUAUCCCGGCAUGGCAACUUGCUGCCGCAAAGAGAAGCUCUCCUUCUCCCGAUUCGGCAGCCAAACCCGACGAAAGCACCACUACGACCGAAGUCUCAGCAUCUACCAGCUAAUCAGAAUUCUCUACAUGCCAUAUG